CUCAGUAACUUUUUAAAUCCCGGCGCACACUCUGACCAGUUCACUGCAAGGACUCACUGGUGAGGGGAGUGAAUCAUAGAGGCCUGCACGAUGGCCCAGGCAGACAGCAAGGUUCUGGUUCUGGGAGCGUUGGCUGGAGUGGCUGGCAUUGGUUUGGCCGUGGUGUUUUACCAGGGCUUUAGGUCUAGGCGAAGAGCAUCCUGGCCGCAGAGCUACCUCAACCGCACUAAUGCACACGGCGCCGGCGUCAUGUUGGUGGACGGCCCAGGUCUGCCCAGGGGUCAGGCUGAGGUGCUGGAGCGCCUUGAGGCCCUGAUCCAGUGUGUCUCCGAGCUGAAGGAUGAGAUGAAGUCGUUGAAGAACGCUCUGCCGACGCUGCAGGACCAAGUCAGGGAGGAACUGAGGGGACGCGAGGAGUCGCGCCGAGCCAGCCCUCUCCACAGGACCACGCCGACGCGAAGGAAAAGGGCUGCAGGAACAAUCGCUGGAGCCAGAGCUGGAGGCCGGAGCUCGGAGGAAGCAGAGAGUGAGGGAGGGUAUAUGACCGCGCUGACGGACUCUGAGGAAGACGAGCAAAGCGAUGUGGAACAGAGGGACGAAGAGCAACCUGCAGACAAGUUAUGUGUUCUCCUCGAGAGGAUUGACAGUUUGCGUCAGGGCCCCGAAUCGGACAAAAGGGAAAGCCUCGGCCUCCUUUUGGAGCAGAGGGAGGAGUUUGGACACAACUCCCCAUUUCUUUGGCGGCUAAUUCGGGCUUACUGCGAUGUUCACGACGUCAGCUUCACUCUCGAGGAAAAGAAGACCGCUGCAGAAACUGGGAAGAAGGUUGGCGAGGAGGCAGUGAGCUUGAACCCUACGUGUGCUGAAAGCCAUCAGUGGUAUGCCAUCAUGUGUGGAAUUAUGGCCGAGUACGACACAGUGCAGAACAAGAUAAAGAACGGAUACAUCUUUAAGGAUCAUCUGGAUAAAGCCAUCGAGCUGAAGCCCCAAGACCCCAUGUCCUACUACCUGCUGGGCCGCUGGUGCUACGCUGUGGCUCAGUUGUCAUGGAUCGAGAGGAAAGUUGCUGCAACGUUAUUUGGAGAGCCUCCGAGUGCAACAGUUGAAGAUGCACUGAAGAAUUUUCUAAAGGUUGAGGAGAUCCAGCCAGGAUAUUCCAAAUUCAACUAUGUGUUUCUAGCUAAGUGCUACAAAGACCUGGGGCAGAGGGAGAAGGCGAGGAAGAUGUGUGAAGCUGCUUCUUCAAUGAACACUGUGACCAAAGAGGAUCAAGAUGCACAGAAGGAGCUGGACUUACUCUGCCCAGCGCUUGGAGUGUGACGACAGACUCCAUCCUGUUUGUUGUUGUGUCUCCCACCACACAUUGGAGUGCCAAUAACAAAAGCACAUCAGACAAUGGCGCACCAAAACAACGAUGUUGGAAUGCGGUGACCACUGGAGGACCUCUCGCCCUCUUCACUCUGCCUUCAUUCAGACCGGCGUUAGUGCUCACUGACCACAUCUACAUGCAGACUUUGCACAUUUAUUUAAUCGUGCAGUUAACACACUCACUGGUGAUUAUGUUCCCUCAUGGUGUCUUUUCUUUUGUUGACUUUGGCAUCCAUCCAUUGAGGACAUUCAUUAUUCAGGUACCGCCUGCUACAGUUCAGCUCCUGUGACAGUAGUGUCACUCUAGUAUGACUGCAGUUAAUGAUCCAGACCUGGUACAUUCUUAGAUCGCCCUGAGUGCUGUCGGUUUUAAAUAUUUUUCCAAGACUCAUCUGAUACAGAUCUGUCAACAACCCUCACUGACAUGUUUUUCUUGGAACUCUCCGUGGGACUUUUCAUACAAGAAUAUAUCAGAGUUUAAAUGACUUUCAUUGGCCCAUGGGUGUUUGAUUUUUAGACUUUAAUUGAUACUUUAAUGACUAUACAUUACAGAACCUUACUUGUAAAGCAUAUUAAGGGGUUAUAUGAAUAAUCCGUACAGGUGUUUUGGAGAAAACUCCCUCUUUUUAAUCCAGAGUUCCUGUUGGAACUUUUCAGGGAGGUUUCUCUUACUUGGGGAUCCUUUUGAUUUCCCACAUGUUCCUUUUAGAACAUUGGUCUUAUAUUGUUUUUAAAUUGGUGUAACCUCAAAUCAUUUUUAUCAAGCCAUCUGGUUUAUUGGGAACGUUUCAGAUGCUAGAGAAAGUAGAGAGGCCAUCCAAAGUGCUAAUGCACAAACAUUAGAAAAAAAUGUUUUAAUGUUUAUAGAAGGCUGCGAUUACGCUGCAUAUGAAGUAUACAACAGCUUAUUAUCCUGAUUAAGGUUCCUUUUAGGUUUUUGUUUAGGUUUCAAUUAUUGUUAAAAAAAAAAAAAAAAAAAAAAGCACCCUGGUUAAGUCCACACAGGCCAUGAUUUGUCAUCCAUAAAGCGACAAAAGAUAUUCAUCAGGCUUCAUCAGUGCACUGAAGAACAAAUACCAUAUAUUAGAUUAAGGUGUUUGAUAAAUGCAUGUUAAUGCAUUCUGACUGAGAAAAUGGAGGGUACGUUUUGGGUUUUGUCAUCUGUGUUUCUCUCUGUGACAUAAAUGUUGGCUCUCUAACAGAGGAUUUGGGCAUGAUGUGAUGAUUCAUACUUUACGAUUACAUUCCAGGUUGGGUAAUGCUACUAAAAUAUGACCUGAUCUGACUGAUGCAAUGUUUAAAUGUUUCACUUUAUGACUGUGUCAUGCAUUCGUAAUUAUGUUUCACCUUAAAAUGUGAUACGUGUGAUGCAUUUUGGAUGUGCAAUGAGGCAUUGGGCUUUGUUUACUCCUGAGAUUUGUUAAGACAGAACCUAUGGAGUUAGCGUCUGAUUGAUUUUUAACAUAUGUUGUUAAGGCUACGGGAAUUUAAAUGAAAAUUACAAAAAAUACUUUUUUAUUUGUGAGUUAACAGAUUUUUUUACCGGCACUACGAAUGUAUUUGAUUUUCUUGAAAAUGCCAGAACAUGUACAAUAUUUCUCAAAUCUCAUACACUACAUGGAGAAUAUACAGAAAAAAUAUCAUAGACUGAAUGAUUAAUGGUACCAGAGUGUAUAUUAAAUCUGUGCAAUCCUAAGAGAAGGUGUCAGUUUGUUACUUGUCUUGCAUGCUUAAGAGCUUGUUUGUGUGCUUGUUAGUUUUAUUGCAGUUCAUGAAGAGUGCUCUUCUCACUACACUCUUUGUAAUCUCUAACUUAUAAUUAAAAUGUGCUGUGAUAUUUAUUGGGGGGGGUCAUAAACUACGUUGAUUUUAAUCAGAAAAACAAGUAAAAAUGUAAGAAGCAGGCUCCUGCAUGACUUUGUGACUGGCGUUCUCUGGCAUCCCUUCCCUUUUCCCCAGACUGUUCAUUUUGUGCCAGGGCAAUUGGGAAUUUGUUACUGGAUC